UUUUAGCCGUCAGCGCAGACGAACGCCGCAUUGCUGCCCAACACUGCCCAUUUGCUUGCGUGGGCGGGCGAUACUUUCCCACAACUGCCCGAAUAAUAAGUAGGCUCGGCAAAAUGUUUGACAAUGUCCAGUCAGCAUUAGUCCUGAUCCCCUUGCCAUGUCAGAACGUCGCGUAGUGCACGAGAUACCCGGGGAGUACCAGCCAGUACCCAGAGAACCGGAAGAGCCAACUCCUUUAACCACCUCCUGUUGCCGACGUCCCAACUGCGGUUUUCGGCUUCGGGAUGAGCGGAAAAUUUGUUCCUGCAAUCACGGCUACAUCAUACCAGUGUUUAUACUCUUCGUUCUGGUGAUGAUUGUGCUUCUGUUGCCUUGGGAGACCUAUCAUCGAAAUGAGAACGGAAACAGCCCUGUUCCGGUGGAGAAGCCGUUACCAUGCCAACUCGAACUGGUGGAGAGCUUGCCUUUGGGGUUGAACUACAGCCAAUGGCAAAGCCACCCCCAACUGAGGAGCACCUUUGAGUCCUGGCAGCUUUUACUAGGCAGGGCCAAGACCUCGCUGGACAUCGUUUCUCCGCAAUGGACACUGCGCGGCUUGGACGCCAACGACAGCAGCACCGGGCCUGGAGAUCAACUCUUUCAACAGCUACUGUCGAAUGGAGAUGCCGGCAGACCCAAGCUGCGCAUGCGGAUUGUGGUUAAUCGCAGCCAGGAUAGCCUGUGGCAUGCUGAUGCCCGUAUUUUGGCUAACUACGGAGCAGCCGAUGUAGUGGGCAUAAAUGAUCUGCACUCAAAACUCUGGCUAGUGGACGGGGAGCACUUCUACCUGGGCACAGCCAGCAUGGACUGGCGAUCGCUCACACAACGCAAGGAACUAGGUGUGCUGGCCAGGAAUUGUCCUCAUCUUGCUCAAGAUCUGGGCAAGAUCUUCCAGACCUAUUGGUACCUAGGCAACAAUGAAGUACCAGAGAACUGGCCGUGGAUGUACCACACGCACAUCAAUCAAAGAAGACCCCUUUUGCUAAACAUCAACAAAAAACAUACAAUGAGAGCUUAUUUAUCCAGCUCGCCACCUGAGUUGAUAGCCACUGGAAGGACCCGAGAGCUAGAUGCCAUUUUAGAUGCUAUAGACAAGGCAACUGAGGUUAUACACCUUUCCUUAAUGGAAUAUUCUCCUCGGUUAAGGCGCAGUAACAAAUUGGAAUACUGGCCGGUGAUAGACAAUGCCCUGCGUAGAGCUGCCUUGGAAAGGGGUGUGGCCAUUAAGGUGCUUAUUUCGUGGUGGAAGUAUUCCGAUCCCAGUGAGGAUCACUUCUUGAGGUCCCUGCAAGCGCUGAACAAAAUGACGGAGGAAGUGGACAUACAAAUGCGACGAUUUGUUGUGCCCACUACAGAUGAACUGGAGAGGAUUUCCGGCGGAAGGGUUAGCUGCAACUCGUACUUAGUCACCGAUAGUGUUGCCUUUAUUGGCACCUCCAGCUUAUCGGGAGAGCAUUUUACCUACUCAGCUGGCAUUGGAUUAGUCCUCCAGGAUAUGGACUACAACAAUAAUAGUCUCCGUACAGAUUUAAUGGCCAUUUUUCUACGAGAUUGGUUUAGUCCCUAUGCCCUGCCACUAAAACCAAUUUUGCGAAUUUGAAUUGCGCCUUUAAACCCGCCGG